AUGCGGCUGGUGCACGAGUGCGAGGUCCUUGCUCCAGUCGCGCAUCCGAUGCCGUCCACCUUGCCGACAUCGGCUUUAUCUUCCUCUUCCACCUCUGCGCCCACGACGUCGGCGGCGGUGGAAACGGGCACUGCAUCAUCCUCGAUAGUUAGCGGACCCUUUUCGUGGGAUAGCGCCAAGGCAAUGCUGGUGAGCUACCUCGACCCUGACGACAGCGCCAACAACCUCCGCGACGCCAAUGCGAAGGCCGUGCUUAGGGGUGUGUACGCGCUGCUCGACACGGUGAUUGCGCGCUAUCCGACGUUGACGCCGCUUACUUUGUUGAAACGGUACUCGACGAUGCAGGAUCUGAGCAACGCGCAUCAGGCGCUAUAUGCAGCGUGUGCGGCAUCUCUGGACGACACGGCGCUCCUCCGCAGCAUCAGCUGGGAUGAGGUGCGACUGCACUGGAAAGCUCAGACUGGUGUCACCGCCACCACAUGCACCACGCCCGCCUUCGCGGCCCUUCGGCCGCUGCGCGUGGACAAGUCCGUCCUCGACAAUCUCAAGACGAGUGUGAAGGGUGCCGGCGGCAAGGGCUUCUUCUCGUCCCCCUUCUUGCGAAAGGGGGCGGCAACACCGAUGACGGCACAGCGGGCGGCAUCCGGUGAUAAUGAUGACGUCGCGUCAUCAACGUGGCCCCUCGCUCAUUAUCCGGUGCAGCUGCUGCUCUGGCAGGCCAUGCGGUACGCUACGGCAGUCUACGGCGAAGUGUACCGGCGCGGCUCCCUCUCCUCCACAUUCUCGGUCGCACUGCUCUUUACGAUCAAACGCAGCGGCGCCGAAGUAUCGAAGCAGGAAAAUGACUCAGCGGUGACGAGCCUGCUGGAGCUGCCACCGAGUGCUCUGCGGCUGUCGCGGUGGGCCUCACAGGCUACCGAGCCGAGCUACGCCCUCCUCGUGGACGACGUCGCCGGCCGCAUCGUCGUUUCCUUCCGUGGAACGUUGAACACGUUCGACAUCAUGACAGACCUCGCGGCGGUCAGCCAGCCAUUUUGUGGUGGCUACGCCCAUCAAGGUGCAGCGGAAGUGGUGAAUACGCUAUUUGAUCAGCGGGCCUCGCGGUAUGGGGAGAGAGUGGAGCGACAAAGGAAAGCAGCCACAGCUGCGACGGCGGUCGAGGCGGUCACAGACGCGACUCCGUCCUCUCCAGCGAAGAGAGUCGUGGGUGUGGAGGAGCAGACAUCGCUUAGUGCCACCGACAGUGAAACAGAUGGCAUCGGUGCCCCGGAAGCGACCAAGGAGCCGGUGAUGGUCGCCCUGAAGCCGUAUGCGCUGCAGCCGCUGGACACACCAGAUGGCCUUCUCGACGGGCUCGAGCAGCUUGCGGCGGAGAACCCGUCCUAUUCGAUUCUCAUCACAGGCCACUCGCUCGGCGGCGGUGUUGCUGUGCUCUUCGCCACUCGGUUGCGCUAUGACGAGGUACUACCGCCGGCUGUGCUCAAGCGCAUUCACGUGAUCGCGUUUGCACCGAUGCCGACCUUGUCCCUGCCAGCUGCUUCGUGUUUUGACCAAGUGAGCUGCGCGCGGGCCGACGGCGGCUACGGCCGUCGCGAUGUGCCGCAACAGAGCGCUCCAGUGGGCGCGUGCUUUCCGGUAUGGAGUGUUGUGAACGGCUUUGACUGCGUGCCGCGACUGCAGGUGAAUACCAUUGAUCGACUGCUGCGGCAAGUGGUCGGACCUCAGAUCGCUGCCUCUGCCGAGGUGUCGUCGGCUGCGGCCCCGGCCGCCACAGAUGCACGGCAGCAAGUACUUCGAGAUUUGCGUGAGCGUGACAUAGCGACAUACGGCGUGGCUUCCGGCGCGCAUGCGGAAACGGAGAUGGUAGACAUGCCCACAGCGCCCACCAAGGCCGCCGCGACGGAGGCCCCAUUGCCGUGCGUACACGACAACGCCAUGCCAACAGCAGUGGAUGAUACCGUGGAGGACGCCGCGCACACCUCAGUUUCUGAGGCGAUGAUUAGAGUGUGCACAUCGGUGGACAGUGGCGCUCAGGGGGCAUCAAAUCUCAAGAGCUUACCUUCGAAGAGCGAGGACAGGAGGCACGAGGCGCGGGAUCUCUCUCACGAGCUUCACCACCCUGGACGGGUGCUGCUACUCACCUCGCCGUGGGACGGCAUGACGAACCGCCUGGUGGACGUGCCACGUGGCCAUCCUGUCAUGCACGAGCUGUUCCUUAUGAAGUCCAUGCUGAUGCAGCACAUGUUGGACUCGUACAGCGCGUCACUAGGAGAGAUACAUGAAGAUCCACGACACGCAAGCAGAGAGGAGCGGAGCUAG